CAAACAAAAUGAACAUUGAUGAUAUCUUCAAGAUCCCUGCCAUUCCAAGUGGCAGAAACAAGCGAAAGAUGCCAGAUACACCUGACAUUCAAUUCUUAGACAAAUACAAAGAAGCCGCAGAAGCUGCAGAAGCUGCAGAGGAAGAAAACGCCAAAGCUAGUAAAAAGCGUAAUGUAACAUUUGAAGACGAAGAAGAAGCUAGUGCAGCCACAUUCGACGAAGAUAUAGACGAUGACGAUGAGGGUCGAUUUUUUGGUGGUGGAUUGACUGAAGAACAAAGCCGACUCCUUGAUCUCGUAGAUCAAUACGAUGUGGAUGAGCCAGAAGCUUUGACCUCUCACAAUGUCAAGAAAAUGAUUCUCAAAUUUGAAAAAGCAAUUAACAAAAACCAAGAACAACGCGUUCGAUAUGCAGAAGAACCCGAGAAAUUUAUGGAAUCAGAGGCUGAUUUGGACGAAGAAAUAAAAUCGCUUUUGGCUUUGACUCAGGCACCACAUAUGUAUCCCGAACUUGUUAAACUCGGCAGUGUACCUUCUCUCAUGUCAUUGUUGAGUCAUGAAAACACAGACAUUGUCAUUGACGCUAUUGACCUGAUUAACGAAUUAACAGACGAGGAUGUUGGUACAUCAGAAGAUGAUUUGGAACGUCCUGAAGAUGCGGCGACUGGUAUAAAAACCUUUGUUGAUGCACUUUUGGAAAAUGAGCUUUUGAGUUUACUUGUCCAAAACCUUGAGCGUUUGGAUGAGAAAGAGGAGACUGAUCGACAAGGUGUAUUUAAAAUAUUGGGUAUCUUGGAGAAUCUUAUGGCUUUGGAACCUUCAUUGGCUGAAAGAAUUGCCCUUGACACCGAAUUUUUAUCAUGGACUCUUAAGCGUCUUCAAACUAAAGUGUUUGAUUCUAAUCGUGGUUAUGCAAGUGAGAUUCUUUCAAUUCUUCUACAAGAAAGCAGAGUCGUUCGCCUGAAAUUGGGCGAGUUGGGCGGUAUGGAUGUUCUUUUGAGGGUUCUUUCGGUUUAUAAGCGCAAGGACCCUCAGGAUGAAGAUGAGACUGAGAUGGUCGAAAACUUCUUCAAUGCCAUAUGCUCCAUGUUGAAUGAGCCAGAAAGCAAGAGUGCUUUCUUAGAAGGCGAAGGUGUUGAAUUGAUGUUAAUUAUGAUGAAAGAGAGGACAUUGGCAAGAAUCAGAGCAGUUAAGGUAUUGAAUUAUGCAUUGACGGGAGAGGAAGGACGACCAAAUUGUAUUCGCUUUGUGGACGCUUUGGGGCUAAAGACCAUGUUCCCUAUUUUUAUGGGCAAGGGCUUGAAGAAACUAAAGAAGUCUCACAAGGUUUUUGUUGAAUCAGAAGACGAAGAGCAUAUUAUGUGCAUAAUUCUUUCUCUGCUACGAAAUUUGUCACCUGAUGAGUUGCAGCGAGCAAGAGUAAUCCGUAAAUUUAUCGAAGAUGAAUACGAAAAGGUUGAUAGACUCUUGGAGAUGAAAGAAUAUUACGAAGCCAGAGAUCAGCGAGUACUUGCCGAGAUUGAGGAAGAUAAAAAAGGAUUAGAUGAAGAUGAAUUAGAAGAACUUAAGGAAGAUUUUUACUUGCGAAGACUCGAAGCUGGUCUAUUCACAUUACAACGCGUCUGUCUACUCCUAGCAGUACUUACUGCAGAAGACAAUGGCAUCAAAGAACAGGUUCUUAUGCUCAUGAAACGAAAAGAUGAAGAUAUGUCGAGUGUAUUCAAGAUAUUGGAAGAAGAAACUGCUUUGAUGGCUGACUAUGUAUAUCUGAGAAAAGUGGCAAUGGGAAAGAUUAUACAUACUUCAGAAAUAGGCGAGUUAAAAGAAGACCCUUCCGAGGAAAACCUUACGGCUAAAGACUCGGUGAAUAACGACAAAAUGGAUGAAGAUAAUUAAGCAUAAAAACGCACAAAAAUAAUAAAAGAGUUAUAAAAAUAUAUUUAUUGGGUAAACACAGC